AUGAGCUACUGUCAGGCAAUCUUCGUUCACUUUUUGCUCACCUGGACGCUCGCCUCGAUCAAUGUUACGCCGACUUCGAUUCAGGUCGUGACCCGUCCGCAAGGUUUUUGGAGUGACGAUGGAACGUCUGCCCCUUUGGGCUUCAGUGGGAACGAGUUCAAAGGUAGCGAUUCUGAUAAGAAAGAUACGGAUGAUGCAGGGAAUGAUGAAGGCAAGGACGAGAAAUCUGGGGAUCGUGAGGGUGACGAUGCCAAUUCAGAUCAUGAGGAUCCUGGUGACCCGACAGACGGUAGCUUGACGUUGUCAUUGCCAGCCGUUUCCUUUGACGCUCAAGCUAAGGUCUAUGCUACCGGACACAGCAUCACCAAAAGUCUUCCAGGAGCUGCAAGUCAACGGAAGGCUUAUAAUACAGGUGUUAUAUUCUCUUAUUCUGCAAGAAGGUUGCUUACAUGUUCAAAAGUCUUAUCCUCCUCGCUCAAAACCGAAACGACUUCCAAAGUUAUGCCUAGAGUUCAGAAAGCUGAAAUACCAAGCACGGGUUACGAGCAGGUCCACGCUAGAGUGGUGAUAGAUGCCAAGGAGGAACUAGCAAGAGUGGAUGUGAUCAAGCCUUCCCAAACUCCUGCUAUAGGUCUCGAGAGCACACUCGACAGAGCAGCUCCACACUCAGCUUCUCAGGCUCUGCGGGGUUGGGUUCACCGUCCAUCAAGGCAAUGUUUCCAGGACAAAUGGGAGCAGAGUCUUUGCACCUGGCCAUUGAUCGGUCUAGCAAAGCCAAAAGGUCUCUCGUACUGCAACCUGUGCCAGAUCGUCCAGUUAGAGAUACCCAGUACGCUACUGGACGAUUAUGAAUACAUGUCCCUUACACAUGUGAAGCAGUCUGGCUGCCAUAUGCAGGUUGAACUUGAAGGCUCUCACCCGGUACACGUUGCUCCCACUGUCGUGUUUUUGAAUGGGCCUGUUCCACCAGAUUCUGAUAAAUAA